AAAACCGAGUGGAAUUCAAUGAUAGACUAACUCCUCUCACGAUGGCUUAAAAAAAAGCUAAUUCAGCACGCUGGUGUAGUCAUACAGGCAGAAUCAAAGGAACAGUUAGGACUGAAUCCACAUUGUAGCCUGACUCAAUACUUGCCUGGAAUCGUUUAUCUCGUCAAGCGCACGUUAUGACGACAGACAAGCAGGGCAGUGCUACACCUGCAUGCGGGAAUAGAUGGAUAGCUACAGACACAUCGUUUUCACUUUCUUUCACUAGCCUGUAUACGAGCGCGCCCGGUGGAUUCCCACGGUAAGCUGAUUCCGACGAUGUGAAUUACACGCUUUACAGGAUUAAGGGGUUACUGGUUAAAAACUGUGACAAUGCCCCAAAGCCCCAUGGUUUUCGGGGGCUGGUUUUCGUUCGCGCGAACGUAUGUUACACGAUUUUUCUUUUGACACCGUCAGUGGAGACCGGAAUCUGCCUGCAACCGGUGUCUUACACUGGUCUUAUUCUGCUCCUGGUGCUGAAUAUGACUUCCUGGCUACGUAAAUACUGUAACCUCCCUCUGCAUGUUGUGCUGUCCUGCGUCGUUAUAUUGGUCGCUGCCUUCAUCCCAGGCUCCAAGUCAGGUAGUGUAUGUGGUUCUUCUCUUGUGUCGUCAUGUGCAGAUUGUCUCAGACAGGGACCGCACUGUGCUUGGUGCUUUCAAGAGGGUUUUCUGGAGGGGGCGGAGCUGAGUGAGAAGUGUGACCUGGCGGUUAACCUGGCCAGAAGGGGGUGUGGCUACGACUUCAUUGAGCAGCCAGAGGUCAGGGUGGAGGUCAACGCCAUGCUUAGCAGCACGCAGGUGUUCCCUGGGAAGAUCAGCAUCACUCUCAGACCAGGUUCUGAAGCUAGCUUCAUAGUAGCCGUGCAGCAGCAUGAGAGAUAUCCCGUGGAUCUUUACUACCUGGUGGACGUGUCGGCCUCCAUGCAGGAGAACCUGGACCAGCUGAAGUCAGUGGGCGUGGCCCUGUCCCAUCGCAUGACGGAGCACUCUUCAGACCUGCGCUUGGGCUUCGGCUCCUUCGUGGACAAGCCUGUGUCCCCCUACAUCAACGUGCACCCGGCCAAGAUAAGCAACCCCUGCAGUGAUUAUGAGAUCCGGUGUCGGCCAGCCCAUGGGUUCCACCAUGUUUUGAGCAUGACGGGGAACACGUCAGAGUUUACACGCACGAUCAAACGCCAGAGGAUCUCCGGCAACAUGGACACACCUGAGGGAGGUCUGGACGCGUUGCUGCAGGCCACUGUCUGCCAGGAGGAGAUGGGCUGGAGGCCAGAGGCGAAGCGUCUGCUGUUGCUGAUGACCGACCAGCCGUCACACCUGGCGCUGGACAGCAGGCUGGGGGGCAUUGUCACCCCGCACGACGGACGCUGUCACAUGGAGAAUAACGUCUACUCUGAGAGCACCACCCUGGACCACCCCAGUCUUGGUCUGAUAGCUGAGAAGCUACUGGAGAAUCACAUUCACUCCAUCUUCGCCAUAGAGAAGCAGCAAUAUCAGUGGUAUGAGGAGUUAGUGAGGCUGCUACCAGGGUCAUAUCUGGGGAAGUUGCUGUUCCAGGCCCCUAACGUGAUAGAUCUAGUGGUGGAUGCUUACCAGAGGCUGCUGUCGGAGGUGGAGAUUUCGGUAUCAGUCGAGGAUCGAGCGGUCAGCAGGUUCUGGGUCAACGUUUCUCCUCUCUGUCCCAAUGGAUCCAUCUCCAUUAACAACCGCAGCUGCUCUGCAGUACAGCCCAACCAGACAGUCUAUUUUAACAUUACCAUCGGACUGCUCUCCUGUCCGGUCAGUGACGAUGAUGAUGAUCAUGAAGAGGAGGAGGAUGUGUUGGUGAUGGUCAGACCUGUGGGUUACAACGAGACCACCACGAUCAGGGUUCGAUCUCUGUGCCGCUGUCGCUGCGGACUGGCCGGACGUUGCCGUGACGACACACAAUGCAGAGAGAACUCUGAGCGGAGCGAUCAAGACCGAUACUCAGACCAAACUAGUCGAGAGCAGAGUCAGGAGCAGGACCCGGGGAACCCGACAGGCUCCGAGCUGGACCCGGACUCCUACCCGGAUCAGACCUGGCUGUGCAGGGCGGAGGGCUCAGAGGAGGACUGCAGCGGCCGGGGAGUGUGUGUUUGCGGGAAGUGUGUGUGUGACCAGAGCAACUUGGGAACAGUCCAUGGGAAGUACUGUGAGAUGGACGACUUCUCCUGCCCCUACCAGCAGGGGUUACUGUGUGGAGGACGGGGUGUGUGUGUGUUGGGUGAGUGUUUGUGUGCCGAGAGCUGGGCAGGUGAGAUCUGCGGGUGUCCCGUUUCCACGGUGACCUGUUUGUCUAAGGAUGGGUCGCUAUGCAGCGGACGGGGCACGUGCGUGUGUGGCAAAUGCAUGUGCCAUGACCUCCAAUUCUCCGGAACCUUCUGUGAGAGCUGCCCCACCUGCCAGAGCACCUGUAAAUCCCACUGGAGGUGUGUGGACUGUCACCUGUCUCAUGGUCUCACACAGGAAGAGGUGUCACGCUGCAACCACACCUGUGCCCCAUUGGUGGGUUAUGUUGAUGACGUCACAGGUCUACGGGGGGAGGUGUGGAGACAGUGUGUUUACACUAGCCCUGACAGCUGUCGCUACAGGUUCCACACAGGCCUGGUGUCUGGCAGAACUCAGCUCCACAUUAGCACAAACCCUGAGUGUGUGUCUGGCAGGAGGUACAUGCAGAUGUUCGUGAGUGUGUGUGUGUUGACGCUGCUUGUGGGCCUGGUGCUGGUGGCGGUGCUGUGGUUGCUGCUGCACAGAAAUUCCUGGUCACCAGGGGGCGCCACUGACGAUGAAUACAACCCGACAGGGAAGGACUUGACCUUUGUCCCGACCUCCAGUGAGAAGACUGUCACAUACCGGAGGGACUGCCCAUCUGACCGCCCUGUUGAGAUGCACAUCCAUGUUCCCAAGAUGCCCCUUGGUGACCCCUGGAGCUAAGGGUCAGAGGUCGGCAUCAGGGGAAGUAAGGGUGAAGUUGUGCCAGAGUGCAGAUUGAGUCAUACAGACUUCUUUUUGGGCCAGUUGUCUUGAGUUGGUGAAAGCAAUCUCAUGGGUUAUGAGUGUGCGUAUGUAUGGCAGCAAUAAGUGAAAGUCUUCCCAACUGUGAUUAGAUAAUCAUGUUCUCUAAUUGCACUCAUUUUCACAUUCAGUGGUGUGUGAGUGUGUGUUGAUGUCAGUUUGUGUGUGUAAAAAUGCUUCUUAUUUAUGAUUGUAGCACGUAAAACACUACAAGUUUUAGACAGACAAGUUUUUUUUCUUCAUGACAGUGUACUUAACCUAUUCUUCCAUCAAACCUCACCUAUUCUUCCAUCAAACCUCAAAUGUAGCCUGUGCUAGACUGCCACCUAGUGGACACGUGAAUCACUAUCAUGCCAGUAAUGAUUUAAGGUAACAUUGCACAAUAAUUAUUGUCCUAUGCCUGGAAGAUUUGUUCGGAUGUUGAAUUUAUGUUUGAUAUUUAAAUUGUUUGUCAUAUUUCUGAGAGGCUGUGGCAUACAUGUUACUGGACAGUUGAGUUUUAUUACUUGAUUUUAGUGUUCGUUAAUAAUAGCUCUUUCCUGUAAGUCGCUUUUGAUAAAAGCGUCUGCUAAAUGAAUAAAUGUAUAUAACGGGGGUGGACUUGUUCGCAGGUACCAUUUUGGUGCAUUAUACUACUGAGUACUGUGGAGGCUGCAGACCAUACCAGAGAGAGAAACCUGGGCAGUACUGGAGAUGGAGGGAGGGAGGGAGGGAGCCCACCACGGCGGUACCAAAGGGCCAAAGGAGGUUGGGACAGAGAUAGAUAUUGCUGGUAAUAUAUUGUAUAUUCUACAUAGUGUUUGUAGUCUUUAGGGCAGGAUACUUGCCUUGGAGCAUAGGUCUUUAGAGUUGUGGGACCACUAUGGGUGAGGUUAGGGGGAGACUGUCGACGACUCGGUUCUAAUAGAAGCAGUGAGUUUACUACAACAGCAGUUUUAUUACUACUGUUAAACAAAAGGCAAAGUCGCUGCAAAGGCACUGGUUUCGAAUCAGUUUAUUUUUCUUUCGGUAGUCUUAAACUGAAUAAUUCAGUGUAUCAAACUGGUCCUAGAUCUGUCUGAAGGGUUAAGCUCAUUCAUUACUCAUAUACUUGUACACUGGCUAUCCUUGAUGAAUGAAUAACAGUCAACACAAUGGACUAACUAUGUAGUAUUUCAGCUGAAGUACUUAUCUACUUAGCUGUGGGGAUGAAAGACUGUUUAAAGGCAUUGCGUAGAUCUUGGGAGGGCUGGAAUAGCCCUUUUCUCCGUUCAGGCUUAGUAAGGUACGAUGGUUAAUACUGUACGAUUACUGAAUAGUAACUCACUGAAGGAUCCGUCACUUCCUCAUCUCUCUGAUCUCUACGUAACAUGUUUACAGCAAUCACUGCUUUUUUAAAAUCGUUUUAAACACUAAUAAUAAUGUUGUGAUUUGUGUUCUUUUCUUUUGUACUUUUUGUAAAAUUGUAUUGUAUAUGUUGGUUACCCUAGUAGAUCUUUUUUCAGCUGAGUCUAAGUAUAAAUGCACUGCAUCUCUGCAUGAGAUUGAAUCAGCAAUAAGAAUCAUCUCUUUGAACUGGGCAUUGAUUUUGAAUAACAAACUAGAUUUAUUUUUGUCUUGCCAUUUGUAAAUUCAAGCAACUAAAAUGAAGUGUUUUAACUAAAAUAAAAAGCAUCGAUCUUG